AUGUCUCAGAGCCAGAGCGGAGUUGAUUUCCGCAGCCAAGCUGCAGAUGAAUCGGCUGGGAGCGCUGCUGUGUGCCGUCUCUCCGCUACUUCAACAAGCUCCAAAGAGCAGAUGCCAGAGACGACAAUGCAGGCUGGAAUGGACGCGGAUCACGUCGAGAACGAAGCAGAGGCAGGGCGGCAGGGCCCGGAGGCCAUGCGACAUGUGCGGCGCAAUUGCGGCGUUCGGAUUAACAAGGCGCCCUUGGGGCAGCAUUUUCUGAGAACUUUGGAGGAGGUGAAGCAGAUCUUGGAAAGAAUUGAUCUAUCCGACACACUGGAGGAGAGCACCGACUGGAGAAACACAAUGAGAUGA